AUGCCCACCCAUCCAAGGGAGAGACGAGAGUGGAACCGUCCGCCCACCCAGCACAACUUCGUGGCGGGCGGCCGCAAUGCGGCCGGCCCGGCGACUCCUCGGUACCUUAAGGUAAGCCUCUUCACACACGUCCCUCUGCGAGCAGGCGGCCGCGAGUGGCUGGUCGGCGACGGCUUCUCGGUCGCCGACGCGGCCGUCGCCUCGUACCUCAACUACGUGCCGAUCUUCCACCGCGGCGCCGACCUCAGCAAGACGCCAAACACCGUGCAGUACAUGCUGCGCUGCGCGGAGAGGCCCGCCUUUGGAGAGGCGUUUGGAGCGCAGCACCAGGCGCUCGUGGUCGCCAAAUGCAACGAGUGGCUGAGUGCCGGCGGCGGCGCCGGAGCCUCCGGCGGCGGCCUUUUGGGCGCGCUCGGCCUCAAGUGA